AUGGCGCAAUACAUCCCCAGUGUCUCUUCUGAGUCUCUUCUGGACAAGGUUGUCCUGAUCACCGGAGGUUCCAAUGGCAUCGGUGCAAGUCUAGUCCGACAGUGCCUAGAAAAUGGCGCCAAUGUUUGUUUUGGCGACCUUGACAACAUCACUGGUGAGCGUCUAAUGAGGAAGUGCCUCGAAGUGUUCCAUCCGGCGGAAGAACACCUGGCUCCCCGAGUCGUUUUCCAGGCAACCGACGUCACCAACUAUGAUUCGGUUUUGGGUCUGUUUGACCUGGCCUUCAAGACUUAUAGUCGUAUCGAUCACGUUGUCUCGGCGGCUGGUAUCGUAGAGAUUGGCAACUGGUUCGAUUUCGGUCUCACGCUGCAGACGGUUCGCCAGAAACCCACCCACAAGGUACUGGAUGUUAAUCUUCUCGGUUCCAUGUAUGUCUCGCGCAUUGCCUCGGUCUACCUUCGCCACAAUCGUGGCCCGGAUGCCGACCGAUCCAUUCUGCUCUUUUCAUCCGCGGCCGGAUUCAAAGACAGCCCAUCUUUGUUUGUCUACCAAGCAUCCAAACAUGGCGUAACGGGCCUUAUGCGCUCACUGCGCAGCUACAUCUCGUCCCCAUAUAAGCACAGCCUGCGGAUUAACACUAUCUGCCCCUGGGUGACCGAGACCGACACCAUUAAGAAGAUCGAGCAGAAGUGGAAGCAGGCCAAUCUGCCAACCAACAGUCCCCAAGAAGUCGCGGCUGUGGCUGCCGGCGUGCUUGCCGACCAAUCCCUUAAUGGCUCGUCCAUGUUUGUUGAGGGUGGCCGAGCCUGGGAGAUUGAAGAAAAUAUUAACCGGCUUGAGACCCAGUGGCUGGGUGAGGCACCAUCGAAGGCUUUGGCAAUGGGACAGGAGCUACUUGAUGAUGGAGCCAUCUGGACCGCAACUCUUCGCAAGAAGAGCAGCAUUUCGAGUGGUGUUCCGCCCGGUGUUCCGCCCAGCAAGCUUGAAGGCGUUCAGAACGGCAUUGGAAAAGAACAAGUGAAUGGCCAGACGAAUGGCCAGACGAAUGGACUGACCAAUGGAGUGCACUAG